AUGCCAUACAAAGCUUUCAAUCCCUCAACACGGCCCUGCAAGGUGCUCAACGAUCCUGAGUCAGCGCUAUACCGACACCCAAACUACCAAGGCGACGCUGCCACUGGCUACCAGAUUCACUACGGCAUCUAUUCGCUCGGCCUUGUUUUCUUCGAGAUCGCGAUCUGGGCUCCUUUGAGAAGUCUGCUUGUAGCUAAAGCAAAGAAGCCACCGCCAGUAUAUCUCUGGCCGGAGAUGCGACACUUCCAAGAGGCUGAGGCCAGGGAGCUGAAGAGGAGGGUCGAUAUGAGGGUGGAACAUGAAGUGGCUUACCGCGUGGGCACCAAGUACAAGGACGCUGUUGAGUGGUGCUUAGACUUGAAGGGACCAGUGACGGCUAUCGACUUUUACAACAGGGUUGCGAUCCCGUUGGAGGAGCUCGCUACUCAGGAAUGA